CGUUACCGCCUAGCCCCGCUCGCUAACGGGGAAGGCAGCGGCGCGGCAGCCAUUUUGCAGAGGCGGGGCUCCUCCUGCCGGGCGGGGCCGCCUCCCGCCGCGCCGGGUGCCGCCAUGGCGGAGUGGGGGCGAGGUCAGAAUGCGGAUGCCAUGGAGGAUAUGCUGGACGUGGAGAACAAGCGCAUGGCAGACAGCCUGGCCAGCAAAGUCACCAGGCUGAAGUCGCUGGCUCUGGAUAUUGACAAAGAUGCUGAUGAACAAAACCGUUACCUGGAUGGCAUGGAUUCAGAUUUUAUGAGUGUGACGGGCCUGCUGACUGGCAGUGUGAAGCGUUUCACCACCAUGACACGGUCCGGGAGGGAGAAUCGCAGGUUACUCUGCUCUGUUGCUAUAGGAAUGAUCGUUGUUUUCUUCAUCCUCUACUAUCUUGUGUCCAAAGCGGGGACUUGAUCUUGGCUUUUGUGAGGCAGUUUUACAGAACUAAAACUACGUGAUUGACAGACUUGUUCAGCGCCUUUCUAGGUCUGCCCUGUUGCAGGAUCUUUGGGACUUCCCAGCAGAGAUUCCAAAUGACUUUUCACCAGCGUUUUGCCACUGGUCUGGUCUUGGACAUAAAAUGAGUGUUUCACAGACAGCGCGUCCAGCAGGUGGCUCCAGACCAGGCCCCCACACCCACACAGCGUCGACUGGGGGUCACAGAACGACCCCACAGCGCGGGCAGCGAGCCUCAAAACCUCCAGCCCCGUAUGUUUCUGCACCAGCUCCUGGAGCUUGCCAGCGCCCUCUCCAUCCACCUGCUUAAGUACACCCCGAGCUCAGUACGCCUCCAGCAGCAGCAUCACCUUCUCCACAUCCACCGAGAACUUGGCCAACAGUUGGGAUACAACCAGUGCCAGGCAAUGGCUGAGACGCAUGUGCUUCUCCACCUGUACCUUACGCCGUGGCUUCUGGGGGUGUCUCCAUCCCAGGGUUGGGGGGUGCUGUCCCUGUGUCACCCACGUGGCGGUGGCGGUCAGCAGCUCCAGGAGGGCCUUCUCCUAGCGGUCAGUGAGGGUCUCCUGCAGCAGCAUGGCGCUGACCCUGUCCCAGUUGCGCAGCUGCUCUCCAGUGCAGUUCCACAAACUGUCCAUCAGGAACGUGGCAUGCCCGUGGAACUCCCUGCUGAGGAAGAAACGCAGCAACAGGCAGAGGAACAGGCAGUUAUCACCGUCACAUGGUGACACUGUAUCACUGUCACGCUGAGGGUCCCACAGGCUGUGGUACAGAACAGUCCUGCGGCAGCGGCAAACAUGCGGUGCAUGCUGAACACCACCGGGUGCACCCAGUGACAGUCGGCUGUGAAGAGCACCCAGCAUCUCGGUCAGCACCUCUACAACCUCCACCCCCACCUCAGUGUCCUUAUCCAGCACCAUGGCCAACAGCUGGCCCUUGAAGCACCCGGUGAACAGCCCUAUUUGUGUGGCUGUGUCCUACAGUGCAUACAGAUCCUGCAGCACAGCCGCACCUCCGCCUGCUUGUCAUGCAGGGUCCACCCCAGGUACUUGAGGUGUCCGUCAGUGUGGAAUGAUGCCAGGAAGUGCCACAUCCACGUCCCCAGCUCCUCCAUACGGGUGGUCCUGAUGUCCAGCACCAUAUCGCUGUGCCAGUGGACAAAGACCCGCCUGAAGAUGGUGUUCAUGGCUGCCUCCAACUCCUCCCACAGCCCCCCCAGCUUGGCGACCCCGCACCGGGGGGCACUCUUGGCACAUUCGGCCUUGUAGAGGUGGUGGGCUGUGUCCUGGAUCUCACUCAGCCCCAGUGCCACCUCCACCAGCAGCUGCAGGAACGCGGCGGUGCGGUUGUGCUUGUAGCCCUCCAGCCACUCGUCAGCCUCUGUCUGGAUGGCCGCCCUCCCCACGAGGACCGCUUCAUUCUAAAUGGAUUUUCAGCUAUCACAUGAUUUAUCUCUUGCCUUGUUGCCCAUGUCUUGCAGCCACUUCUUAAGGGAUACUUUUGCAAAUCUGACAAAUCCAGAGUGUUGUCAAUACAAGUUUAAUAAAUCAGCAGAGCUUUGGAAGCUGCAAAGUUUAGGAUGAUGAUUUAUAAACUUUGGAAUUAUGAAUGUGCAACUUAGUCCAAUGUGGCCACUAAGCUUGUGCUCGGUCUCAGUUUCCUGCUGACUUGUUAAUAUCCUUGGUGUCACUGUGUUGAAAUGAAAUCUGUAGUUCUGAAAUGAAGUUACCAUUAGAUCUUAA